AAAACACAGACAAAUUUCAUUCCUGUCGUCAUAAAGGCCUGUCAGUGUCAUGCGAGUACAAGUUCUAUUGUGCGUUACAGAAGGAUUUUUGCCAAAAUUCCAAUUAAAUUCCUUGUGUCCCUAUUUAGCUUCGCUUUAAAAUCGUAUUUUUAGUUAGUAUUUCAAAUUUUCUUUAGUUUACCUCCACAAAAUGUCCACUCCGGCCCGUCGACGCCUCAUGAGAGAUUUCAAAAGAUUACAAGAAGACCCACCAACCGGUGUCAGUGGCGCACCCACUGAUAACAACAUAAUGAUAUGGAACGCCGUGAUAUUUGGUCCGCACGACACACCAUUCGAAGACGGCACUUUUAAAUUAACCAUCGAAUUCACCGAAGAAUACCCCAACAAACCGCCAACGGUGCGAUUCGUUAGCCAUAUGUUUCACCCCAACGUUUACGCCGACGGCGGAAUAUGUUUAGAUAUAUUACAGAAUAGGUGGAGUCCCACCUACGACGUUUCUGCUAUUUUAACCUCAAUUCAGUCAUUACUUAGUGAUCCAAAUCCCAAUUCUCCGGCGAACUCAAUGGCGGCACAACUCUACAAAGAAAACAGACGAGAGUACGAGAAGAGAGUGAAAGCGUGCGUAGAGCAAAGUUUUAUUGACUAAAACCUGUGAGACCGGGUCAAAAAAAAAAAAAAGAUAUAAAAUUUAAAAAAAUACAUGCUUCAAACUUAUCAAGGCUACAAAUUAUUUGUUGUUUAAUUUGCAUAGGCGAUAAUUUGUUUAAAUAAAAUUGUAUUAGGGAUUUUUUUUUUUGUUUGUAAUUAUUAUUUAAUUUGUGUGAGACGGGGCAACUGUAUGAGCUUUUUCUCUAUUUAAUUUGUCGCUUGUAUUUAUUGGUUUAAUAGAGCACUGUUAUUAGAAUUUUUGUCACACGUGUUAGUUUUCAUCUUCCAUCAAUGUAUAUAGUGGCGCCUUUUUGAAACUAAGUCUGCGUAAAAGCUCAUACGUUUCUGUCAAAAAAAAAAGUGGGUAGUAGAAAUAAUUAAUUUCAACUUUUUACAAUAGCUCAGUUUCAACAGACAUGAGAACCGUUUUAGAACCAGUAACUUCCAGUUGCCCACUCAAUAAGCCGAGGUUUAUCCUAAUUGAUCGACUGGAAAUUACCAUUCAAAAAAGGUUCUAAUGUUUGUUGGAACAGAGAUAAUAAUUACAGUGUUGAAUUGUGUUUUCUGUGUAUUUUUCUGAACCAAGCUCUUUACUAAAAAUACAGAUAUGUGUUACUAUAAUAUAAAAAGGAAAAAAAUCAUUACACUUAAUAAAUUAUUAA